CUCUUAUCAUUGCUUAUCUUUCAAGGGAUCUACUGCCAGUAAAAUCGGAAAGGUGGACAGUACACCGAUUCUCAUUUGACGCAAUGUUUAAAGUUAUUAUCUUAAUUCUAACAGUUGGGACUGUAAAAGCUGGCUUAUCAGCAGGAUGUCCAGACGGAUGGCUUACACACGGAGGUAUGUGCUACCUGUUUAGUCAUGGCCGAGAGGACUGGCCCGGAUCCUAUGAAAUGUGCAAAAUAAUGGGAGGACAGCUUGUUGAAAUUGAGAGUGCAGCCGAAAAUAAUUACAUCGAAUUACAAGCAAAACCUAGCAAUUAUUGGAUUGGUUUGAGUGACGACAGUGAGGAAGGAAGUUGGGUCUGGAUGUCUUCUCAAACGCCUUUAGCCGCUACAUAUUAUACAAACUGGUUUAGAAACGAACCCAGUCGAUUUAUAGAUGGGGAGCCUGAAAAUUGCGUUGAAAUGUAUACGCACCUUGGAGGUGAAUGGAAUGACGCUCCUUGCACAAAUUUCAAAAACUAUAUUUGCGAAAAGGCUCUUGGAAGUUCCGUAAUUAUUGGUUAAAAGCAAGCAUAUCCGAAGUACAAAAGCUCAACUAGUUCCACAUGUCAACUCAUAUACUUGUUUCUGUAUAUUUUUGAAAGACAAACAUACUAGUAUAUGA